AUGCUGUUGCAAUAAUCAAGAAAGAGUGUGGCUCAAGCAUAAUAAUAAACUGCCUCGUCUCAUACAAUAAAGAUGAUUUCUGAAAAAUGGAAAAGAAUAUCGUCCGAGGUUGAUAAUCAAAAAGCAAGCAGACUCUAAUAGCUAUAAGAGAAAAUGAAGGAGAUUGAAAAACAAGCAUUAACGGUUAAUAAUCACGAAAUCAAAUAAUUAUAAGAUUCAAUAAAUACUCUCAACCAAAAUGUUUAAGAUCAUUUGACUCAAGACUAUAAUCACAAAACCCAAAAAGCAUAUGAAAAUAGCAAAAUUUCUUUAGAUAAGAGUUUACAACAACAAAGCCAAUAAUCCAUAGACAUGGACAAAAGAAUUUCUCAUCUCCUUGAUUGGAGCAAUCUACAAGACCAGCUCUCAAGAAACGAAUCACAAUAUGAUUUUGCUCUCCAGAAUAAAUUAUAAACGAUAGCAGAUUCAGUUAAUUAGAUUGAAGACAUCCUUGAAAGCGAAAGAGAAUAAAGAUUGCAAUCCUUCGAGUAAAUUGAGGGGGAAUUAGAACAAAAUCUUUUUCAACUUAAAAACUACAUUACUUCAGAAUCUACUCUAAGAAGACAAAAGGAAAACAAAAUAUUCGAUAUGAUCAAUGAUGUGCAUCAGAACUUGUAAUUGAUGUUGCAGGAUGAAAAGAAAGAAAGAUAGAUCAUGACAAACAAUUUGAUGCAAUUAAUGGAUGAUGCCUGUAUUAGAAUUGAUAGAAGUCUAAGUUCAUUUUGA